ACCAGAGAUGGAGUUUUUCAUUUUGGUGUUUCUGAGUAGCAUCUUUGUCUGCCUGCCUUUGACCAUAGUCUUCGCCUGUUGUGUGGUGCAAAGAGAUCGGGCCCAGACCAUUUAUUACACAAACCUCCUCAUCGCCAACGUAAUCCAGAUCUGUGCAAAGAUUGUUUGGAUUGUAACAACAGGAAGAUGGCAUCAUGACAUCACCGUUGCUUUUCACUUCAUCAGUGUGAUGGCCAAUGUUUACUUCCAAAUGUGCCUUGCUGCUGAAAGAUAUUCCCUCAUUGGCUGCCCACUGCUGGCCUGCAUCAGACAAAUAAAGCGUUCUCUGCUGGUCUCUGCUCUGGUCUGGGCCUUUUGCAUUAUCACUGUAGUUCCUGCCACAGUCUUUGAGCAGUUUAUAAUCCCCCCUAUUUUUGCUCUGCUCCCUGCUCCUCUGUUCAUCGUCUGCUUAGCUGGAACCAUCAAAGCCCUGCGUGCUGCCACCUCAGUGCCCACAGAGGAAAAACGGAGAACUGUAGGAACUCUUGUUCUGUUGCUGUUUAACUACUGUCUGAUUGUGAUUCAAAUAUGGAUUGUUUGGUGUUCCCUUUCUCACGCCUGUGGGCCAUUUCCCUUUCACUGCUGUUUCAUAGAAACUGUGGUGUUUUAG